AUGGCGUCCAGACUUGUGUGCCUUUUGCCGCUGAUCUCCAACACGCUCGGUGCUGAAGUCAGAACGCAUCAUCCUCUCAGAGAGAAGUUUGAUGGCUUUCGUCAACAGUACGGCCGAACAUACCAGGAAGGCACAGAAGAGUACGAGAAGCGGUUUGCAUUGUACCGCAACGCAGCUCUCCUUGCUGAGCGUUUCAACAGUCGCCCAGGGCGUUUGUGGACCGCCGGAACGGGACCCUUGGCCGAUCGCAGCGAAGAGGAGCCUGGGCGCUCGGGUCGCAAGGCCCGUGGCAACCUUCGCAUGGCAUCUCUAGCACAGCUUGGAUCGAAAGACACACCUCAGGAGUUCCUGAAUUGGACCUCUCUCUCCUCGCUCGAAAGCGUUCGCGAUCAGGGAGGCUGUGGCAGUUGCUGGGCGGUGACGGCAAGUACGGUCUUGGACAGCCACGCAGAGAUCUACAAGUCCAAGCAGAGGAGCUUCUCAGCUCAGGAGCUGGUUUCCUGCGUUGCCAACCCCAAGAAGUGCGGAGGCUCAGGUGCCUGCAGCGGAGCCACCGUUGAGUUGGCCUUCCAGUACGCCAUGGACCAUCCUGUGCAGACAGCUGCAGACGUCCCUUACGAGGCAGUCGACGGGCAUUGCCAGGGUGCUUCUGCCUCUUUCUUGCAGGGCGACUCCAUGGGUGACACAGAUUUGGAUGUAGCUGCAGUCGGCUUCCAUGCCGCAAGCUCUGAUGCUCCGGGUCUCAAGUUCAUGAACGGUUGGGAGCGGCUGAAGGAGAACGGCUACACAGAGCUGCUGCGCGCAAUAAGCGAGCGCGGCCCCGUCGCCGUCUCCGUGGAUGCCACGACCUGGAGCUCGUACAUGUACGGCAUCUUCGACUCCUGCGAGAAGGACGCGGUCAUCAACCACGCAGUUACACUCGUGGGCUACGGCGUGGAGAAGAGCAACGGCAAGAUGUACUGGACCAUUCAGAAUUCCUGGGGGCCAAAUUGGGGCGAGGAUGGCAAGAUCCGGCUCUUGAGACGGGAGGACGAGGAGAGCUACUGCGGUAUUGAUCAUCAGCCCGAAGAAGGGACCGGAUGUGAAGGCGGACCCAAGCAGGUGAAGGUCUGCGGAACGUGCGGCAUCUUGUACGACAACGUGGUGCCACACUUCAAGAAUGGUGAGCCGGAUGAUUGA